GGCAUCAAGCUUUUUAUCAGCAACAAUGGAGCUGGGAGAAUCUCUCUCUUCUACGCCAACUUGGGCUGUGGCUAUUGUCACCGCCGUCCUCAUAGUCCUCUCUCUGCUAAUUGAGCACUCUCUCCAUAUCCUAACUCAUUUUGUUGAAAGAAGAAAGAGGAAGAGUCUUAACCAAGCAUUAUGCCAAAUAAAGGCAGAAAUGAGAAAUUUGGGGUUCAUUUCACUUUUACUGACUAUGGCUCAACAGCCCAUAUCCAAGAUCUGUAUCUCUGUAAGUUCAGCUGACACUUUCCUUCCAUGUAAGGAUAGGCCGCUGACGCCGGCCAUCAGCGCCGACGACGGCAUAGAGGACGUAAAUACAUGCAUAAAGAAGGGAAAACUGCCACUGAUGUCACCUGAUGGAACCCUGCAACUUCAGGUUCUUAUAUUUAUGCUUGCUAUUUUCCACGUCGUUUCCUCCCUGCUCACUUUGGGUCUUGCUGAGAUCAAGACGAAAAAUUGGGGAACAUGGGAAGAGGAGGCUCACACCCUGGAAUACCAGUUAUCCAAUGAUCCGAGAAGAUUUAAACUCGCUAAACAAACAUCAUUUGGGAGAAGACACCUGAAGUUUUGGAGUAACCACUGGUCACUUCUCUGGAUUGUUUGUUUUGUGAGGCAAUUCACCAAUUCUGUAUCAAGAGCUGAUUACUUUGCACUUCGAAAUGGCUACAUUGAUACGCAUCUUGGCCCAAAGUCUGUUUAUAAUUUUCACAAGUUUCUUAGAAGAUCUCUGGAUAAAGACUUUAAGGAGUUGGUUACCAUCAGCCCCUCAAUCUGGACAGCCGUCAUCUUGUUUAUCUUUUUCAAUGCCGAUGUUUUUAACAACCAUUACUGGCUUCCUUUUAUCCCUCUAGUGGUGCUCCUGGCCAUUGGAACAAAGUUAGAGGUGAUCAUAACAAAUAUGUGCUUAGAAAGCAAUAAAAACAGAGUUAUUGUUUCAGGCGAAGUUUAUGUGAACCCAAAUGACGAGCUCUUCUGGUUUGGACAGCCUCGAUGGCUUUUGCUUGCUAUCCGUUUCAUCUUAAUCCAGAACUCAUUUCAGCUCGCUUUUGUCAUUUGGUCCUGGUACAAAUAUGGUUUCAACAAUUGCUUCCAUAGAGAAAUACAUGACUCUGUGUUCAGCUUUGCAGGAAGCAUUUUGGUUCAGUUCUUAUGUGCUUAUGUGACUCUUCCUCUAUAUUCAUUAGUCAACCAGAUGGGAUCGACAAUGAGAGAAACGAUCUUCACAGACAGAGUAGUGACGGGCCUCAAGAACUGGCACGUAAUGGCAAAAAGAAACCUCUCCUUUAUGGAAUCCAACACCGGAAACAGUACUCCCACAACUCCCUCUCGUUCCCACUCCAUCUCCGCCAAUUCGCAUCAACCGUUAAUGUCCAGUCCGAGAGCUGCUCAAACCUCCCUGUGGACUCACCCUCCAUCCCCAUCAUUUAUCACCAGCACUAUAACUCCUGCAGCUCCAACUUAUCCAGUGCCGACUACUCAAAAUAAACCAUCAAGAUCAGGUGCGAGCACAUCUUCCGGUUCCCGGGCAUGGAAUGGAGGGACGACAGCAUUCGAGUUUCCAACGAGGAGGCGAGAGCUAGAGGAGAUACAGAAAGUGACGGAGGAGAUGAUGGUGACAAGUGGGCGUCGUGGUGGAUUUGAGGGAGGAGAGAUGUCUUUCAGGAUGUGGUGGAAGCAAGAGAUGAUUUCUCCUAUUGGAGCAAGGAGAACAUCCUGAUGAUUUUGGUUUGUCGGAAGUAAAGACUUUGCAUGUGCUCGCACGAGAUUAUAUACAUAAUAAUACUUGUUCAUGUUAAUUGACAAGUUAUUUCGCAAGUGCACAUUUUGUUUGGCGACCACAGCAAGCGCUAAUUAAUGUCAAGUUCUUUUGUAGACU